AUGCUCUUAUUUUUCAUUGGUCUGUGUGUUUUCGAGUUUACAAAUUCUCAUUUAAACUUUCCACAUACAAAAUAUCGAAAUAGUUUCAAUGUUUCACGUUCAAAAUCUUCUAGCGACUAUUUGACCUUGAGACAGCAUACUGAAUCAUUUUUCAAACCAAGGUUUAUAAAUCCAAAAGCACAAGAUUUCUAUGUGAAUGGAUCUACAAUUCCUGAAGUUAAUUUUGAUGUUGGCCCUUCAUGGGCAGGUCUCUUACCUAUUAGCAAUAAGACUAACGAAUCACAACAACUUUUUUUCUGGUACUUCCCUUCGCAGUCUACUGAAGGCAUAAAUGAUCUUGUCAUUUGGCUGAAUGGUGGGCCUGGUUGCUCCAGUAUGGAAGGUUUACUUCAAGAAAAUGGACCAUUUUUAUGGCAAUGGGGUACUGCACAUCCAGUACGAAAUCCAUAUGCUUGGAAUACAUUAGCUAAUGUUUUGUGGAUUGAACAACCUGUCGGUACUGGAUUCUCUCAAGGAAAUGUUACUAUUCAUGAUGAAGAUGAGCUUGCGGAGCAACUUUAUGGUUUUUUGACUCAAUUUUUCGACGUAUUUAUGGAAAUUAAAAAUAAUUUGGUUUAUCUUGCGGGAGAAUCCUAUGCUGGAUAUUUUGUUCCAUACAUUGCCAAUUACAUCUAUAGCUUACCCGAAACAGCGCCAUUAAGGCUAAAUCUUCAAGGCAUAUUGAUAUUUGAUCCGCUUAUAACAAGUUCUCUUGUGCAACUAGAAAUUCCAGCCGUUUCAUUCGCUCAUAUGCAUCAGAAUAUAUUCAAUUUCAAUGCUUCAUUUCUCUCGUAUCUCGAUGGACAAAAUAAGAAAUGUGGCUAUGAGAAUUAUACUCAAACUUAUGCAACAUAUCCACCACAUGGUCCAUUGCCAAUACCUUCCUCUUCGCACACAAACGAAUGUGAUAUUUGGGCUACUAUUUUCGAAGCUGCUUUACGUAUUAAUCCAGCUUUUAAUAUUUAUCGAAUAACGGAUACACCUCCCAUUCUUUGGGAUGUUUUGGGUUUUCCUGGCAGUUUCGGAAACAAACAAUCACCUCUUUAUUUUGCUCGAUCAGAUGUACAACAGGCUAUUCAUGCACCUAAGAUCAACUGGACAGAAUGUGCACAUACUCCUGUCUUUGUUGAUGAUAUUGAUCGAAGUCCACCUCCAAUAAAUUCUGUUCUACCAAAUGUCAUAGAGAAAAGUCAACGUAGUAUCAUUGUUAACGGAGAACAUGAUUUUAUAAUUAUUGCUGAAGGGACACGUAUUGCAAUUCAAAAUAUGACUUGGCAUGGCAUGCAAGGUUUUCAAAUGGAACCUAAAACUCGAUUUAUUGUACCUGAACAAGGAGAUUUAGGUUUUUUUCAUACAGAAAGAAAUUUAACUUACGUAGAAUUAGUUCUUUGUGGACAUAUGGGUCCACAAUUCCAGCCACGUGCAAGUCUACAAAUACUUCAAUACUUACUUGGUAGAAUUCAUUCUUGGUAA